UUUUUCAUUUCCUGAUCCUCUGCCACAGUCUCACUCACCCUGGCACCCCCUGCCCUACACUGUCAGAGCCUAAGUGUCUUUUUCUGCCUCAGAUUCUGGGUACUAGUCCCUCUGGAAACCCAGGUGCCCCAGCCACACACCCCGAGGGCUGACCAGCCUUCAGUUUUGCCACUCCCUGUCCCUGGGGCCUGUAAUCGGAGCCAGGCUCCAGCCGGCUUUUCCGGUUGGAGUUUGGAGGUGGUGCCCUGAGCUCCCCUCAAGGCAGUGGCAGGGCCCACACCCCGGAAGUCCCAGUCCCGAGCCUUGAGCCAUCCUCUGGUCCAGUGGUGGGGAGCCAGUCCUGACACUCAGACACCAGUGUCUGGAGUCACAAGAGCAGCAGAGGAACUUUUGCCUGGCUCCUAGUGGAGGGCAGGAUGAUUCCAAUAGCCGAGUUCAAGCAGUUCUCGGAGCAGCAGCCUGCCUUCAAGUUGCUCAAACCCUGGUGGGACGUCCUGGCCGAGUACCUCACAGUGGCCAUGCUCAUGAUCGGAGUCUUUGGCUGCACCCUCCAGGUGACACAGGACAAGAUCAUCUGUCUGCCCAGUCAUGAACCCCCGGAGAACUUCUCUGAGGCCCCGUGUCAGCAACUGUUGUUGCAGGGGGUCCCUGAGCAGAUGGAGGGUAUCCAGGAAGUAAGCGGCCUCAAAAACAACCUGGACCUGCAGCAGUACAGCUUCAUUAACCAGCUCUGCUACGAGAAGGCCCUUCACUGGUACCCCAAGUACUUCCCCUACCUGGUUGUCAUCCACACACUCAUCUUUAUGGUCUGCACCAGCUUCUGGUUCAAGUUCCCUGGCACAAGCUCCAAGAUCGAACACUUCACCUCCAUCCUGGGCAAGUGUUUUGACUCACCAUGGACCACACGGGCUCUGUCUGAGGUCUCGGGGGAGAACCGUAAGGGCCAUGCCACUCGACAGGCAACAGCAACUGUGGCUGCUGAGGCAGGGCCAGGAAAGGUGGGGGAGGGUGAAAAAGAGAAGGUGCUGACAGAGCCUGAGAAGGUGGUGAGUGAGCCGCCAGCUGUUACCCUGUUGGACAAGAAGGAGGGGGAACAGGCCAAAGCCCUGUUUGAGAAGGUCAAGAAGUUCCGUGUGCAUGUGGAAGAGGGGGACAUUUUAUACACCAUGUACAUCAGGCAGAUGGUGCUCAAAGUCUGCAAGUUCUUUGCCAUCCUGGUCUACAACCUCGUCUAUGUGGAGAAGAUAAGCUUCGUGGUGGCCUGCACGGUGGAGACUUCCAGGUUCACGGGCUAUGCCAGCUUCUGCUGCAACCACACCAAGGCCCACCUCUUCUCCAAGCUGGCUUUCUGCUACAUCUGCUUUGUGUGUGUCUAUGGCAUCACCUGCCUCUAUACACUCUACUGGCUCUUCCACCGACCCCUCAAGGAAUACUCCUUCCGCUCUGCGCGGGAGGAGACUGGCAUGGGUGACAUUCCCGACGUCAAGAAUGACUUUGCCUUCAUGCUGCACCUCAUCGACCAGUAUGACCCGCUCUACUCCAAGCGCUUCGCCGUCUUCCUCUCCGAGGUCAGCGAGAGCCGCCUGAAGCAGCUGAACCUCAACCACGAGUGGACGCCCGAGAAACUUCGGCAGAAGCUGCAGCACAACGCCAAGGGCCGGCUGGAGCUGGCGCUCUGCAUGCUCCCAGGACUGCCUGAUACGGUCUUUGAGCUCCGUGAGGUCGAGGCACUCCGCCUGGAGGCCAUCUCUGAUAUCACUUUCCCCCCAGGCCUGUCACAGCUGGUGCACCUGCAGGAACUCAGCCUGAUCCACUCUCCGGCCAGGCUACCCUUUUCCUUGCAGAUCUUUCUGCGGGACCGCCUGAAGGUCAUCCGUAUCAAGUGUGAGGAGCUCCGCGAGGUGCCUCUCUGGGUGUUUGGGCUGCGUAGCCUGGAAGAGCUGCACCUUGAGGGGCUCUUUCCCCCAGAGCUGGCUCAGGCAGCUACCCUUGAGAGCCUCCGAGAGCUGAAGCAGCUCAAGGUGCUGUCCCUUUGGAGCAACGCCGGCAAGGUCCCAGCCAGCGUGACCGAUGUGGCUGGUCACUUGCAGCGGCUUAGCCUGCACAACGAUGGGGCCCGCCUGCUGGCCCUCAACAGCCUCAAGAAGCUGACGGUGCUUCGCGAGCUGGAGCUGGUGGCCUGCGGGCUGGAGCGCAUCCCCCACGCAGUCUUCAGCCUGGGCGCCCUGCAGGAACUCGACCUUAAGGACAACCACCUGCGGUCCAUUGAGGAGAUCCUCAGCUUCCAGCACUGUCGCAAGCUGGUCACGCUCCGGCUAUGGCACAACCAGAUCGCCUACGUCCCCGAACAUGUGCGUAAGCUGCGGGUCCUGGAGCAGCUCUACCUCAGCCACAACAAGCUGGAGGUCCUGCCCACCCAGCUGGGCAUGUGCUCCGGCCUCCGCCUGCUGGAUGUCACCCACAAUGGGUUGCACUCCCUGCCUCCUGAGCUGGGUCUCCUCCAGAACCUGCAGCACCUGGCUGUCUCCUACAAUGCCCUGGAGACGCUGCCUGACGAGAUCUUCUUCUGCUCUAAGCUUCGGACGUUACUGCUGGGCUACAACCAACUGACUCAGCUGUCCCCCCAGGUGGGGAACCUCAGGUCCCUCAGCCGCCUGGAGCUCAAGGGCAACAGGUUGGAGGCUCUGCCUGAAGAACUGGGCAACUGCAGAGGGCUAAAGAAGGCUGCGCUCCUGGUGGAGGACGGCCUUUAUGAGGGGCUGCCAGCAGAGGUUCGAGAGAAGAUGGAAGAGGAGUAAAGCCAGGGAGCGGCAGGUUGCAGUAGAGGCUUUCUGGAUGUUUCCAUGCCAAAAUCUCUACCAACGAGGUGGCCAGGUGGGCCCAGGCCAGGAGAGGAGAGGAGCAGUCAUGUCAGCCCAUGGGGCCGAGGCAAGAACUUGGGACUGGUUUAUCUGGGACGAGAGGCUGUGGGUUUGGGGUGCAAUGGCACGGAGAGAUGAACUCGGUCAUAGAUUCUCACACCAAAACCACAUCUUGGCCUUGGCUGGCUGGCCUGCCUCAGCCCUGGGCCAGAACUGCUGCCCUCCCCCUGGACAUUCUAGCCCAGUCGGUGCCACAAAAGGGGGUGAGGACACAUUCCGAUAGGAUUUCAAUCCUCUCCCCCGUACCAAAGCUUACAUCUUGGGUUCUCUCCCAAGAAAGUGUCACAGACACAAGGGACCAGCACACACUGCCCUGGCUUGUUGUUAAUUCUCUUAUUUGGCAAGAUAUCAAAAUCAACAUUCCCAGAAAACAUCACAGGCCCCACCCCUGAAAGACUGACUCAGGAGCUUUGGCCCGAGGCCAGGAACUUGCCUGUCAAUAAGUGCUCCAGGUAACCCUGAUGCAUGUGGUCCUAGAGCAGCAUGUUGGGAAAUGCUGACCUCCAGAGGUGUUCUCUAGAGCAGGAAUUCUGAACCCUUUGUAGGUCCCUAGACCCUUUGAGAAUCUGAUGAAAGCUGGGCACCUCCUUCCUCAGGAAAAUGCCUGUGUACACAUUCAUGCACAAUUCUGCAAUUUCAGGCAGUCAACAAAUACCAUCAACUCCCAAAGGACUCUUCAUGGCUGCCCUAAGGGUUGCAGACCCCAGAUUAAGAACACGUGCUGUGGAGGGUACAUUUUAAAAAAUAAAUAAUACUAAUUAUCAGAACUAUCAUUCCGAUUUCCUGUGUUCACCCUUGUUGUCGAAGCCAUUUCACAAGACCAAUUAUAGGCCCAUAACCACAGUGCCACAAUAAAGGGUAUGUGUCUCUGUCCUGGAGACCUCAGGUAAUCGGGAGAAAUUAGGUGGCAUCUCCUGUAUAUCUUUUUUUCCUGGAAAACUCCUCCUCUUAUACCUUCCCUGUUAUUCUCCUAACUCUAUACUUUUUUAAAAAAUAUAUAUUUUAUUGAUUU